AUGGGGGUUCCAUUGAAAGACUUCAAGAUAUUGUUAGAAUAUUGGGCUGAUGAGAAAAUAGCGAAAAAAGCAAGAACAAAUUCAGAAUCUCGAAGGCUUAUAACUGAAACACAUACUGCUGGAAGUAGGAGUUUCGCACAAAUAAGUCACAAUAUGGCACUUGAAAGAGCAUUGAAGGCUACCCGUGAACAACCACCAGCGCCAAUAUCAGAUGCUGAUGUUUAUGUUAAAACACGCAAACGGGAAAGCACAAGAACAUACAAGCUACCUACUGAAGUUGUUGAGAAAAAAGUGGAAAAUGUAAAGAAGCUGCUGAAAGAUGGAACAAUUGACGAAGCUGAUGAAGUUGUUUAUGGUGGGAAGGAUCACAGUCGCACAUUUUUAGUGGGGAGGCUUAUUGAGAAAAGGGAACCAAAGAAAAAAAUUGCACGCCCUUUGCCUACCAUUCCAGAGAAGUAUGUGGCUAGUUUAACUGAACAGAUUCGAGAUCAAAUUGCAAAGGAGAUGGAAGAACAAGUGCAGAAGAAGGUUGAAGAUAAUGUCAAGCUCAUGAUGUCCAAGCUGGCAGAAAAGAAUCCAGGCCUUAAUCUCGAUAUCGAGCUAACCAGUGCAACUGAGCCAACAGUUGAGCCAUCACAGGCCAACAAUGGCAGUGAUUAACAGCCCUUGAUUGAUAUUUUCCGUAUUCUGAACUAAACAUGUCCUUGCUUAAAUUUUAUUUAGCUUUUAUAUUAAGAUGAAUUUGUAUUUUGGAGAAGUUGGAGGAUCUCGUUUUAUUUUGAAAGAUGUG